AUUCUAUUAAAGGUACAUACUUUUUUUAGGAGAGAAAGAAGGAGAUAGGACUGGCAAGAAAAAACUCUUUGAUGUCACAGAACUUCAGGAUGCUGAUGAAGAUGAUAUCACUACAGCCAAUAAUACAUUGUCAUCACAAGUGAAUGGCAGUAAUGACAACUUCAUAAAGAUACUCACAAGUCUACUUGAUAGCACGUCAGGUGAUAUGCGUACAGUGGCUGCUGAAGGUCUGUGCAAGCUUUUGCUGAAUGACAGAAUAAAAUCACCAAACCUUGUGUCUCACCUGCUUAUCAUGUGGUACAACCCUGUUACAGAAGGAGAUGUAUACCUGAGACAGAUGCUUGGAGCAUUCUUCACAACAUUAGCAUAUGACAGUCAGAACGGACAAGAGGCACUGGAACAAGCGUUCUUACCAACACUUCGAACAUUAUUUCAAGCUCCAGUUACCAGUCCUUUAGUAGAGGUGGACCAGGACAGUGUUGUGCGUUUGCUGUUGAAUCUUACUCGACCUGAUAUUAACAAGAGCAGUGUACAUAACAACUUGGCUGUUGCUCUUUGCAAUGAGAUAUUGCUUGAUUCUGACCCAUACAAUAUUCAGGUACUUCUGCGAGCUCUCACUCAACUUCAACUUGUCCUGGAUGAUGAAAUUGUACUUCAGAAUAUCAGCACAGUGGUAGAGAAAGUGGCCGAGUCUAUUAAAGACAGAUCCUGUCUCCGAUACAUACACAAAUUCCAACACAUGCUUGCUUCUGGCAAGUUCAGCUUGACAAGAAGUGGUACAACUGCCAACAUGGAGACACCCACUGGCUCUUCUGUCAUCACAAAUGUUGAUCAGCAAACUGUUAACAGUCCUGAGGUAAUCUGUUGUUGCUUGUCAAAGGUAACCUAAUGCUGCAGUUCAGUCACAUGUGAGAAUGAGAAUUUUCUUUAAUGGAACAAUUUUUUAAUUCUAAUCACAAUUCGUAAUGAGAGCUAGGAUAGCACACUAGAUAUAGCAAUUGGCUAUGUGCUGGAUGACCAAGGUGUCAGAGUUUGAGUCCCAGUGGGGACAAGAGUUUUCACUUCUUCAUGUCAUCUAGACCAGUU